AUGGCUGCCGCCCCUCUCAUCAAGUUGAGUGACAUGGCACAGCGUAGAGAGAUACGUACCGCAAGCGAGGACUGGACUGGCAUAACAAGCACUGCUAAGAGACGGAAGCUGCAGAACCGCUUGAACCAAAGGGCAUAUGAAAGAAGAAAAGCGUCAAGGCGAUCGGCAUCACUACAUCCAGAGCAAGGCAGCACACCUCGUUACGCUACCAUGGCCACGCCGGAUGCACCGGAACAAUCUACUACUCAGUUCUUGAAUAUGGUAAAACAUCCUGCAGGCUACAAGCCUAAAUCGGGCUGUGUGCUCCUCCGCCCGGACGCCCAAGGCGCAAUCCGCCAGUUCGUCAAAAAGGCCUAUGAAGAUUAUGUGCUAGGCUGCCCGCAGCCAUGGUAUCUGUCAACUCUGAUCCAGGUCAACGUCUUCAACGCCCUUGUACAGAAUGGCAUAGCACUGGGGUUCUCAGACCGUUGGCAGAGAAAAGGUGUCAUCUCGCCCUUCUCUAUAAUUGGACCGUUGGAGCCUUGUGACUCUUACCCAGUAAAUCUUCAACCAACAGCCUUGCAAAGGACUGUUCCCCAUCAUCCGUGGAUCGACCUUUACCCGAUCCCCAGAAUGAGGGAUAACAUCCUGCUCUCACUACAACACCUGGAUAAGGAUGAGCUAUGCAGCGACCUGCUCGAUGUCAGGCCUGGCUUGGAUGAGAAGCCGAGCCUGGUAGUUUGGGGAGACCCUUGGGAUAUCCGUGGAUGGGAAGCAAGUGCUUUGUUUAUACAGAAAUGGGGAUGGAUGUUGGAGGGAUGUCGAGAUAUCCUUCAAGCCACUAAUUACUGGCGUGAGAACCGAGGAGAAGACAAAAUAUUUUUCUAG